AUGAAAAUGGCUGCUCAGGACUCCCACAUCAAGCUGAUGCAAGCCUGCUUCCUUAACUUCCUUCUAGAGGAUGCCAAAUGGAAAGCCAUAACUGACCAAAUUAAGACAGCGGUGGAAGCCUAUGAGCCAUGCGUAAAGGAGAAUUGUAGCUGCCACCAAAGUGUCUGGAAGCAGGACCUGGCUCCUUUUCGAGGUGGCAUUUCCAAGGAGAUAAUAUCAGAUGUGGUGAGCCGGAAGCUCGGGACACACUACCAAAUCGUUAAGAAUAAACUGUACCGUGAGGAGGACUGCUUGUUCCCUGCAAGAUGCAGUGGAGUUGAGCACUUCCUUCUGGGGAUCAUCAACCGCCUCCCUGACAUGGAAAUGGUGAUCAACGUGCGAGACUACCCCCAGGUCCCCAGGUGGAUGAAACCCAUUAUCCCAGUCUUCUCCUUCAGUAAGACGCCUGAAUACAGUGAUAUCAUGUAUCCUGCCUGGACGUUUUGGGAAGGAGGACCAGCUGUUUGGCCAAUUUACCCAACAGGUUUAGGGCGCUGGGACCUCAUGAGAGAAGACCUCAGAAGAUCUGCAGAAAAAUGGCCAUGGAUGAAAAAAAUCUCUAAAGGAUAUUUCCGAGGAUCCAGAACGAGCCCUGAGAGAGAUCCCCUCAUUCUGCUGUCCCGAGAAAACCCAGAACUUGUUGAUGCCGAGUACACUAAAAACCAGGCCUGGAAAUCUGAGAAGGACACCUUAGGAAAGCCUCCUGCAAAGGAAAUUCCACUGGUUGAUCACUGCAAAUACAAGUAUCUGUUUAAUUUCCGGGGAGUGGCUGCCAGUUUCCGGUUGAAACACCUUUUCUUGUGUGGUUCACUCGUCUUUCACGUUGGAGAAGAGUGGUUGGAGUUCUUCUACCCCCAGCUGAAGCCUUGGGUCCACUACAUCCCAGUCCGAUCAGACCUCUCUAACGUCAGGGAGCUGUUGCAAUUUGUAAAGGAAAAUGAUGCCAUAGCACAAGAUAUUUCAGAGAGGGGACGCCAAUUCAUCACCGAGCACUUGCAGAUGGAGGAUGUCUCGUGCUACUGGGAGCAUCUGCUGUCUGAAUAUUCCCAAACCCUGACUUACAAAGUGAAAAGGAGGAAGAGCUACCGCGAGAUCACUUCCGAAUGGCUGAAAACAGAACUGUAGAGACUUCUGUGUUUUUCUCUUCAGCUCAAACUGAUCUCUGCGGAAAUCUGAAGAUCAGUGUAUCUUC